AUGUCUUUAUGCGCGCAGGCUGUGGCUCCUAUAUUUUCUCUGGUUGCUCCAAAGUUCCAGUUUAAAGGUGCAAACAAAAGAGGCAUUCCAGUUUCUAGGGAUCCUGAAGCACUGUUGACAAAGUACUCGGAUCCAUUAGUAUAUACGGGUCCCAUAAGGGUUAGAACAGGCCACGAGAUAUUGCACAUUUCCUCUUAUUUAAUGAGGAACUUUAGGUCAGUGACUGUCCCAUUCUUCGUCCUUCAUGGGACAGUCACGGAUCCUCUAGCCUCAAAGGAUCUGUACAACGAGGCGGCAUCCAAGUUCAAAAACAUAAAGUUCUAUGAUGGCUUCUUGCAUGACCUUCUCUUUGAGCCUGAACGAGAGGAGAUUGCACGGGACAUAAAACAUCUUGCCAGAGAAAUGUAG